UCACCCUCUGCUGCACUGGUCUCCAUCUCCCGGCAGAAGGCGCAGCCAUGAAUCCGUUAUUCGGUCCCAAUCUCUUCCUCCUACAGCAGGAGCAGCAGGGCUUGGCCGGGCCGCUGGGGGACCCUCUGGGAGGUGACCACUUUGCCGGGGGAGGGGACCUGCCCCCGGCUCCGCUGGCCUCAGCGGGCCCCGCUGCCUAUUCGCCUCCCGGGCCUGCUCCUGCGCCCCCUGCAGCCAUGGCUCUCCGCAACGACCUGGGCUCCAACAUCAACGUACUCAAGACCCUGAAUCUCCGGUUCCGCUGCUUCCUAGCUAAGGUUCACGAGCUAGAGCGCCGGAACCGGCUGCUGGAGAAGCAGCUGCAGCAGGCUCUGGAGGAGGGUAAGCAGGGCAGGCGGGGCCUGGCCCGCCGCGAUCAGGCGGUACAGACCGGCUUCAUCAGCCCGAUCCGGCCCCUGGGGCUGCCCCUGGGCUCCCGGCCCGCCGCUGUGUGUCCCCCGUCAGCGCGGGUGCUGGGCUCCCCCGCCCGCUCGCCAGCCGGACCCCUCGCAUCCUCUGCGGCCUGCCACUCAUCCUCCUCCACCUCCACCUCCACCUCCUUCUCCUCGUCGACCCGCUUCAUGCCCGGCACCAUCUGGUCCUUCUCACACGCCCGCCGGCUUGGACCGGGACUGGAACCCACGCUUGUGCAAGGGCCUGGCCUGUCGUGGGUACACCCUGACGGGGUGGGCGUUCAGAUCGACACCAUCACCCCUGAGAUCCGCGCACUGUACAACGUGCUGGCCAAAGUGAAGCGGGAGCGGGACGAGUACAAGCGGAGGUGGGAAGAGGAGUACACAGUGCGGAUGCAGCUGCAAGAGCGAGUGAAUGAGCUCCAGGAGGAGGCCCAAGAGGCCGAUGCCUGCCAAGAAGAGCUAGCCAUGAAGGUGGAGCAACUGAAAGCCGAGCUGGUGGUCUUCAAGGGACUCAUGAGUAACAAUCUGACAGAGUUGGAUACCAAGAUCCAGGAAAAGGCCAUGAAGGUAGACAUGGACAUCUGCCGCCGCAUCGACAUCACAGCCAAGCUGUGUGACUUGGCCCAGCAGCGCAACUGCGAGGAUAUGAUCCAGAUGUUCCAGAAGAAGCUGUCUCUACACUUGUCUCCCAUUAAGGUCCCGUCCAUGGGGGGGCGGAAGCGGGAGCGCAAGGCCGCUGUGGAGGAGGACACCUCCCUGUCGGAGAGUGAUGGGCCCCGCCAGCCUGAGGGGGACGAGGAGGAGAGCACAGCCCUCAGCAUCAACGAGGAGAUGCAGCGCAUGCUCAGCCAGCUGAGGGAGUGUGAUUUUGAGGACGACUGUGACAGCCUGACUUGGGAGGAGACUGAGGAGACCUUGCUGCUUUGGGAGGAUUUCUCAGGCUAUGCCAUGGCAGCCACAGAGGCCCAGGGAGAGCAGCAGGAGGACAGUCUGGAGAAGGUGAUCAAAGACACAGAGUCUCUGUUCAAAACCCGGGAGAAGGAGUACCAAGAGACCAUUGACCAGAUAGAGCUGGAACUGGCCACGGCCAAGAACGACAUGAACCGACAUCUGCAUGAGUAUAUGGAGAUGUGCAGCAUGAAGCGGGGCCUGGAUGUGCAGAUGGAGACCUGUCGCCGACUCAUCACACAGUCGGGGGACCGAAAGUCUCCUGCUUUCACUGCGGUCCCGCUUAGCGACCCGCCGCCACCGCCAAGUGAAACUGAGGACUCCGAUCGGGAUGUCUCAUCUGAUAGCUCCAUGAGAUAGGGACUGGCUCCCUCCAGCUCACUGAGGCGGGGCUGUGGGUCUGCAGAGGACUGUCUUGUGCCACUGCAUGAAGCCUGGCCCCGGGGCUGUGUGCUCCUUCCCUGGCUGCCUCCUCCCCAAGGUUCUGGGGGUGUCUGGAGCUAGGCUGGGCCCCACCCUUCCUGGACAACUCCUGUCACAUCGGGGGCCCUCCCACCUUCUUCACAUGUGGCUAUUUGCUACUUCUCCAUCUUUGAAAUGCUGCCAGAACACUUGUGAUCUCCUCCCUUCUCCAUUUUGUGAGGAAUGUGACUAUGGGACCUGCCUGUCCUCAGCUAUCUUGGAUUUUUGGACUGGUGCUAACUGGCCCAGGCACUGCUGGGAAGCAGAUUCAUCUGGGAGUCCCUGAGUGUUUACACAUGUACAUUUGGAGAACUUAUUUCCUAGUAAGGUCUCGGAGGGAGGCCGGGUCCCUGGCGUUCUGUCCUGUGUCCAUGUGCUCACAGCUGCCCACCUGCCUAUUCUACAGUGAACGUGGCUCUGUAGUUUUCCCUGUGGGAAGUCUACACAAAGAACUUGGGGUGCCUAGGCUGAGAGUGGAGUCCUGAGGGGAGAUGCUGCUGAGGUGAAGCUGAUGCCUGCACGUGGGUGUGGGUGUGUGCUCAGGGUCUGUUUCUCCAGGGGUCAGCUGAGGCGGUACCUCUGUCUGUCAUUCACAAAACCAACAGGUUAAGAUGUCCCUGACCUUGGAAAGUAGGGGACAAAGAUGUCGUUGGAAUCUUUAAAAAGUAAUGAAGAAUAUUUAUUGACCACCUU